AUGGAAUUAUCUAGUUACGAUCAUCUUACAACCGACAAUAUUAUUUUUAAUGAAGCCAAAGAGUACAAAGUAAAAGACAGCAAAAUAAAAUACAAACGUAUUCCAAUUGAAGUCAAAUAUCCAAAUAACACAAAAGGACCACUUGUAAUCGAAACUCCAGUUCUUUUUUCUUUUGGAGUAAAUGAAAAGAAAAACCAAGAAACAAAUAAGUUGGUUAUAGUAUACCAGUAUGUCUUUGGGCUAAAGGUAGUGAGCCGAGUUCUAAAGAGCGUGCAUUUUUUGAUGUUAUUAAUAAUAUAACAACUGCCUCUCAGCAAUAUUUAGAGAAUGAAUACGGUGCAGAUUUAGCAUCAACUCUAUCUUCACCAUUUUAUUUCAAACAGGAAGAAUAUACAGAUAAGAAAGGAAAGAAGAAAACAAGAAUAGAUCCCUCAUCCGCACCAGUUCUUUACGCAAAACUGAUUUACUCAGAAAAAUCUAAGAAAAUUCUUUCACUAUUUAAAACAAAAGGAAAGAAAGAUUUAAAUCCUUUCAAAUAUAUUGAUCAGUACUGCAAUGUUAAAAUGGCAUUGAUAAUCGAAGGAAUAUUUAUUAGUAAAACUGUAACAUCUUUACAAAUAAAAGUACAUGAGUGCUUUGUCAAACCAUUAAAACCUAGAGAGUCUUUACUAACAAUUGAAGAGGAAGAGAGUGAGGGUGAAGAGAUAACUGAUCAAGUAGUUGAAGACUUACUUUCAUCUGAUAAAGAAGAAAAUGAGUAA